AUGCCCGUGACGCCAGGUGGCGUCGCCGGAAACAAGCAGUCUAUGCUCGCUGCUAGUCAGUGGGCGCCCGAGGAUUCCUUUCACUUUGCACCCGGGACUAUUCAAACCAUAGUGAUUGCGGCCCGCACCGCUGAAUGGCCCGCUGCCCUUCCUGAAGGAGGCGCACCAUGCAUGGCGUUCCCGUCACUCAAAUCUGUAGGGACCGCAGUACAUGACGCAUUCAUUUUCCCAUGGAGGAUACCUGCGAUGGACAGCGCAUUGGGAUGGGUCGCCGGAUCGGACUCCGUAAAUCGCCUGCAAUCUUCUAUUCACCCCUCCUGGUCUGGCCACACAGCCAACGGUGAAGGAAUGUCGACCAGGUCCGUAUUCAUCAAAGACUCUGCUUAUCGGAGUCAGAAGCGCCAAAAAAAGGAAAAGAAAACGUGUCAAUAUAGGAACGUCAGACCUCGCACUGGGCCGGAAUCCGUCAAGGAGAAGUAG